GCGCCGCGCGCGGGCAGCCCGGCGCGGCGCGGGGCCUCCCGCGAGGCGUCCCGCGAGGAGCGGCGGGAGCUGCGGCGGCACCAGCGGCAGCAGUACUGGCCGGAGGAGCUGGAGCUCACGCGGGUCUCCGCGUCCCUCUCGAGGCGGGGGCCCGAGGAACCCUCCAGCUUGUCCCCGCGGUCGCCGUCGUUGUUCUUGCGCCGGGGCGAGCUGUGGAGGCAGCAGCACGAGUACCGCCUGCACCAGAUGCGCCGGCAGAGGGAGGCUCGGGCGGGGCGACAGGACGAGGGCAGAUCCGUUCCAGAGCGUUCCGCAAUGCUUCUGAGAAGGCCGCGGCGCCCGAUACAUUUUCCAGAGCCACCAGAUCCCAGAGAUCCCUCAUGUAAACCUGCCCGAUGUUGUCCCUGUCCUGGCCUCGUCGUACAGGCGCAGGAGAGGGAGCUGUGCCCCUUCCACCCUGUGGUCGACUCCGCCGCGCCGCCCCGAGCAGCCGACGCCGGCGUCCCGCGGCGGGCCCUGGCGACGCAGGAGUGGUGCGAGCAGCGCGAGGCGUCCCAGAGGAGAGCCUGCACCUUCCGCCCGGACACCUCGCAGAGCUUCCGCAGUCUGGCCUGGACCAGGGGCAGGCCGGCGCCGCAGAGUGCCGAGGGCAGCCUCCUGGCGGACGAGCCAGGCGGUCUCGCUUCCGCUGUGGGGUGUUGCCCGGACGGGCCCGGCGACGCGCCCAGCCCGUGUCCCGGCGGGCCGGCGCACGUGCCGCGCACCAACGACGUGCGCGAGGACAUGCUCGCCACCCGAGCCUACCUGCAGCACAACGUGUUCCAGAGGCUGAGCCAAACGAACCAGAUCGACCCGGCCCCGGACUCCUGCUGCGGCGGGGGCUGGCGGGACAGCGCGAGGCCGAGCCAGAGGCCGCAGACGGCGCCGCGCGCCUCCCUGCGGCGCAGCCGGUCGGAGGCCGAGCUGCGCGGCGCGCCCGGGGAGGCGGCGUGGGAGAGGUUCCUGGACCGCACCAGCCGCUUCGAGCAGGAGCGGAGCGUGCACCUGCACCAGCUGCGGGCUUCCACCGCGCCCUCGCUGGCCCCCGAGCUCGACGAGCACUCUCGCAGGCUGGCGGAGAGGCGGAGGCGCCGCGCCGGGGAGGGCACCUGGGACCCGUGGGAGUCCUGCGGCGGCGGCUCCACCGCCGCGGGUUCGAGCGGCGGCUCCGGGUCGCGGCCCGCGGAGGCCCCGCGCAGCGCCGCGUCGGGCGAGGGCCCGCCGUUCGCGCCCCGCAUCUGCGACGCGUCGCGCGGCCGGGAGCCCAAGGGGCCCGAGCAGAUGAGCACCGGCGAGGCCCAGCGCAGGGCCGAGCGAACGGCGCGGCUGCGCCAAGAGGCGGAGACGCGGGCCGAGGUGCCGGCCUUCGCCCCGCACGUCACGGACUACCAGGGCAUCGGUGGACGCCUGCGCGUGCUGGAGGACCCCGGCGGCCUCCUGGAGCGGAUCGCCGAGCAGCGGCGGGGACAGGAGGAGCGGCUCGGCGAGCGCCGCCGGCAGCUGCAGGCCGCCGAGGACCAGCGGCUCACCUUCCGCCCCGAGGUGCGCGAGGCGCCGCCGCUCGUGAGGCGCAUGGCGGCGUCGCACCGGCUCCUGCGGGAGAAGGAGAACAUCGCGCAGGCGCAGCUCCCCUGCCCGCCGAAGUGGGUCUGACGGUCGGCUCUGGCGGGGGGGGCAAAACGGCAGACGCCGCCGGGGCAAAGCCCGCGGCGAGGCCGGCCGAAA